AUGAGCACUUCUCUUUCAUCUUUGCCUUUUACAAUCGGAAUGACGACUCCACCCAUGGUGAUGAUGAACAACCCAACUCUUCCAAUACAUCCACCUUCUCAACAUUCAAAUUUACCACUUGCUCCUCCCAUGAUGAUGCAGUAUCCGCCAUUUCAUCACCCUCCUAUGAAUUCUAAUUCCAUUCCAAACUCUAACCAUUCUGCAGUAUUGGACGCAACCAAUACAACAACAAGCCUUUGUUCUCAAUAUCACUCAUUCUUUGUGGUAUUAUCUGAUUUUAGUGUGGAGUUAUUCUCUGAAGAAAUGUCUAUCCGAAAAGUUGAAGCCUCUUCUGAAAAUGUAACCUCAAAACCUAGAGAUGUAGCCUCUUUGAGAAUGAAUUUUGCAAAUUAUAAACAAUUCAUUACUUCCAAUCAAACCUCUUGCAAGAUCGUCAUGGAUACAGCAAACACUACAGAGACUAGUACAGCCACUACUUACAAGUAUGAAUGGCCAUCGUUUAAGCAACAAUUCUAUUAUCAAACAGGAAUGAUAGAUUCAUUGAAAAAGAGACAAUUUGUGAUACAAUGUUUUGAUUUUAAUAAUUUACCAAUUGGAAAAACUAUUAAUUUUGAUCUAUUAUCAAUUUGCACAGGAAGCAUCCAUCAAGAGAGUUUUAUUUUAAAUAAUCAUCCAUUUGUGAUCGGUAAAAUUCAAUUCAAAUGCCAAAUGAAACAAUUUAGUGACGUGGAAGUCAAUUUGAAAAAUUUAAAUAUUAUCUUACCAUCUACCUUUAAAAAAGAGGAAACACAAGAUUGCUAUCUUUCAUACGGAUUUACAAGCGAAGAGAACAGCAAUGAUAGUUCAUUUAAAACGUCCCCUUACCCAAAUCAAUCCUUCCAAUUAAUUGUUCCAUGGUCCUUACCAUUCAUUCAUGGAAUUACUCAACCAAACCCUCAACUCUUUAAAACAAUGAUGGACACUCAAUUAUCUUUGGUUUGGUAUGAGUUAUCAUCUAUUUACUUGACGCAACUAUCACUGAAAGAGUUGUUAGACAAGAAUUUAGUGAUAAGACUCAUGAGAAAGAAAAGAGAUGUAUCUUUAGCUGAAUUUUCUCUUCCUUUGAGGUCUAUUAUCAAGUCUGGAAUUUUUAAAAAUUCACAAUAUCCAUUUAGACAAAGUGAAGGCGCUCUUUCAACAUCUAUUUCUGGUGUUAUAGAAUUCAAUAAUUUACCCUUAUUUAGUCAACAAGAAUCCCAACAUUUAAAGGAAGAAGUUACUUCCGAGAAUCUUAUUCAUUCACCAUCACUACCAUAUGGCGUCAAUGUGCCUCAACUAUUGCAUACUACAACAGCCACCACUAGUUGGGAUGAUCAACAACAGUUGCUUAGAAAGGUCUUUCCACGCAUAACCUCUGCUACUCCUUCGAGUAGUGUUGAAUUCACUCCAAUCGAUCAGACAUCCACAACUUAUUUCACUGCAUCUUCUUCCAAUCAGAUGGUAUUGGAAUGCACUUUUAAAGACAUGCUUGAUAGUGAUGGUCUUGGAAUGACUCAUACUCUCACAAUUGAACAACCCGUGCUUGCUACAAGUUCUGUUACAGCUCAACAAUCUCCAUUUAAAUAUUUUGAAGUUCAAAUUUUAGAUGGAGGGGAAUCUGGAAAGUGUUCUAUUGGACUCAUCUCGAAGGCCUACCAUGGUGAAAUAUUUGCAAGUGUUGUUGGUAGUAGUAGUAGUAGUAAUACUCCGAAUACAGCCACGAUUGAACAUGCCAUGAAUGUAGGAUAUUCUUCUAUCGAUGGGUAUUUAUUUGGAAAGAGUCAAAACCAACGUUUUAGAAGAAGACCAUUUGGUCCACAGUAUCAAUGUGGAGAUGUAGUUGGGUGUGGAUUGAUAUCCGUACCACGAGUGGAUGAUAUUUCAAUGAACAGUUCUAUUCCUUCUCAAAUUGCUUAUUUUACUAGGAAUGGAAAACUUGUGGGAUUUGCUCCUUAUCAAGUUGAAGAAAAAGAUUUAUCGUUUGCCAUUGUUUUACGAUCCAAAUACAUGAAGGUUUAUGUUAAUUUUGGACAAGAAAAACAGCCAUUCCAAUUUGAUAUUCAUCAAGCAGAUAUUUCAUACUUUAAUCAAAAGUUGCAACUAUAUGCCAACGUGCAAACUAGUAGUAGUUCUGAAAAAUCGAUUAACGUUGGACUUGAUUAUUUUAAUAGAGUGUUUAUUCAGAAUACAUUUAACAAUAAGAACAUGUUUACAAUCAACCCAAUGCAUACUAUUAUGGAGGAUUAUGUGCAACCAAUCAACAACAAACCCAAAUCUAAACAAUUACCAACUGGAAAAUUACUCGAAAUUAAUCAGAAAUUAAUGAAUACUAUAACCAAUCCUGUUACAAUCAAAUACAAGACUCCAUUACGUAAAAAUAAUGAAAAAGAGGAGAUUGUCAAAUGGAAUGGUAUCGAGUCGAACAGAGUGUUAUCCUCACUAUUGCAUAUUCCAAAGUCUUCCUUCUCUCCAAAUGAAUUUGCAAAUGUUGUUAAUUAUGGACAAUUUGUCAUUGAUUACCACUUGACACCAGAGGGCUAUGACGACUCCAUUCAAUUUAAUAUAACUCCGUCAUUGGUAGCCAUUAGAGCAUUAGAGGCUCUUCAAUUAUCAAAAGGAAUGAAAUUUUUAGAAGUUGGAAGUGGUACAGGAUACGUCACUGCAUUGGCAUCAUUUAUUGUGGGUGAAGAAGGUUGUUGUACUGGACUAGAUAUUGAUGAAAAUGUUAUUGGAUUUGCUAAACAAAAAUUAAUCGAGUUUUGCACGAGUGCUCAUGGAUGCCAAUACGCUGCUCAAAUGUGUGAAAUAGAGUUUGUCAAAAAGAAUAUUCUAAUUCCAAAGAGUCUCAAUAUUCCAAUACUUUCUUAUGAAAACUUUGACGCUAUAUUCUGUGGAUUAGAAAUUACAACAGAUACUUUAAAGUACUUUGAGAGUGUAAUCAAAACGAAUGGAAAAUUAGUGGCAUCUCUUUCUGACAAGUGCCUAUAUCUAUUUGAGUUUAUUGGAGAUAGUUGGAAGAGAACUAAAUUAAUGAAGAAUUGUGAAUUACCAAUGGUAGUAAUGCCAUCAGCAGAAGAUAUUGAUUUUGAAAAGAGAGAACGAAUUAGAGAAUAUGUGAACAACAAUUUUUAUUUCUCCAAAAAGGAUAUUAGUUUGGCAAUGGAUAUUUUGGGUACUGACAACCUUGUGAAUAUUUGUCAAUUCUUGAUGCUCUACUCAGAUCCAGCACUUAGAGCUAUGGACGUUCCAUUGGAACAAAUUGUGCAUGCUUUACGGCUGUUUGAGACGCAUACCAAUAUCACUCUUCCCAUUCAACAAAAUGUUAUCCUCUUUCCUGUGAAUGCACACUUUUACUUGUUGCAUGCUAGAAAUCUGAGCCACUUCUUCCAACUGCCUCUCAAGUUCAUUGAAGCUUGUUUGGUGAAAUUUCAAUGCAACAUGCUGCAACUGAACCCGAUUCUAGAACAAAUUUCGAAACAAAAACCAUCGUUCCUUACUGAGGACGAUGAAGAGGAAGUAUGCCAUGAAUUACUGGCAAAGUUCACAAAAUAA